AUGUUCAGCAAAAUCGUAGCUUUUGGCGUUCUGUUGGCCACAGCCAACGCUUACUACGGUCACGGUCACGCCGUGUCCUCCCAGAGCAUCGUACGCCAUGAUGUAGCUCAUGAGCUACCCCUUCAUUACGCCGCCCCCCUGGCGUACUACGCCGCAUCCGUAGCUGACUACGCCUAUCCGGAGGGAGAUUAUGACGGCCAUGAUACUUACGCUCACCCAAAAUAUGAGUUUGAGUACUCUGUAUCUGACCCCCACACCGGUGACCACAAGUCCCAGCACGAGAGCCGCGACGGUGACGCCGUGCAUGGAUACUACUCCCUGGUGCAGCCUGAUGGUUCCGUGCGCAAGGUUGAAUACACCGCUGAUGACCACAAUGGGUUCAACGCUGUGGUACACAACUCCGCCCCUUCCGUAUACCCUGAGCCCAUUUAUGGACACGCUUACUAUUAUUACUAA